AUGAUAUUUUCAUGGCUAUUAUUUGCCCCUUUGGCUAUAUUAUUUGCACGGUUCCAAAGGAAUCCUUUGAAGCGUUUAUUGGGUGAACAAUUAUGGUUUCAGAUUCAUCGGUUUCUUAACUCAGUUACUAUUUUAUGUACAUUCCUUGCCAUUAUUUGCAUUAUUAGCGCUACUGGCGGAAAAUGGGAUGGACCUAAAAUGGGAAUUUCUGUAAUUCUAUAA